AUGGAAGACAUCGAGUACAAGCUCGAGGCCGUCAAGGCCACGCGAGUCCCCGCGGAAGAUAUUGACAAGACCUUCCGCUCCAGCUGUAUUGACCUCGUGUCUGCUGCCCUCGGCGGCAAGGUCCUGGGUUUCUCAGAUCAGUGGUUCGCCGAAGCUUCGAACCUCAUCAACCCGGCUGCCCCUAUCCGCCAGCCGGGCAAAAUGGUCUACACUGGCGCCUGGUACGAUGGGUGGGAGACCAGGAGGCACAAUGCGGAGCCAUUUGACUGGGUUGUGAUCCGGCUGGGUGUCGCCUCGGGCACAGUUGAAGGCGUCGAGGUGGACACCGCAUUCUUCUCGGGAAACCACGCGCCGGCCAUUUCGGUCGAAGGGUGCUUCAGCCAGAAGGAUGAUGAGGUUCUGUCCUGGGGUGGGACCCGCGGCGGCUGGGAAACUAUCCUCGGUAUACAGGAGUGCGGCCCAAGUCAGAGAUUCGGCUGGAAGCUUGACAGUCCGACGACGAAGCAAUACACCCAUGUUCGGCUGAACAUGUAUCCCGACGGUGGUAUCGCCAGGUUCCGGCUGUUUGGACAUGCCGUACCCGUCUUUCCGGAAGACAAGGAGGCCAUUUUUGAUCUUGCGGCUGCGCAGAACGGUGGCGUUGUAGUGUCAUGCAGCGACCAACAUUUCGGGACCAAGGACAACCUGGUCCUCCCCGGCCGCGGCAAGGAUAUGGGGGAUGGGUGGGAGACUGCCCGGUCCAGAAGCAAAGGUCAUUUCGAUUGGGCCAUUAUCAGGCUAGGAGCCCCCGGAUACAUUCAGAGUUUCAUCGUCGACACGGCACAUUUUCGAGGCAACUAUCCACAGCAGGUAAAGCUGGAGGCCAUCGAGUGGAAGGGUGAAUCAGAACCGCCAGCGGAUGCCGAGGGGUGGGUGAAUAUGGCCGAACCGAUCAAGUGCGGCCCCGACCAGGAGCAUCCGGUUGAGAGCUUGGUGAAGAGUAGCCCGUUUACUCACGCGAAGCUCAUCAUGGUCCCGGACGGAGGCCCACCGUUUCCCAACGUAUCCGCCCAUGAGCCCAUAAAUCGCCGGGAUUCGGAUGGCGGCUUCGAUGCCGGCGUGGGAGGGCUGCCGCCAAAGAACAGGGUCCUGCCUGACGAUCUCCCACGGUCUCUCGACGACAGGCGGCACGUCCCGACCGAGUUGGUGCCUGAAACGGAGAUGUAUGAUGGAUGGCAGGGACAAUCCCAGUUCUUGACAUCGCCCAUAGUUGCGAAACCCCUGUCCUUCAGUGACUUGACGCUCGAGGACAAUUAUGGCGAAGAUCUGACGAAAGGCGGGCCAGACAGCGAGACCCGCCUGAUGGAGAUGCUCGCCGCCCAGGCUGCCCAUGCGGCAAGCGCCGCCUUCGACGACGAAGAUGCUAUCGCAACCGAUGAGCAGAGAUCAGAGGACGAGAAGCGAGAUAUCCUGCAAAAGACAUUCAUCAUGGCUGCGAGCAAUGGUAACGUCGAGUCGGUCAACAAAAUCCUGAACGGCAAGGCGAGACAGUAUGUCGAUAUCAAUGCGCCGGACGACGAGGGCACGCCCGCCCUGAUAUAUGCAAGCUGCUUUGGCCACGAGUCGGUUGUGCAAGCCCUCAUUGAUGCCGGGGCAGACGUCAACAAGCAGGACCGAAACCAGUGGAGCGCGCUGAUGUGGGCCAUGACAAACCGACACAAGGGCAUUGCAAAAGUGCUCUUGAAUAACGGUGCUUCGACAGAAGCGAAGACGUCGACGGGGCGGACAGCGUUCGACUUUGUCGGGCCCGACAGCGACAUGUCACUUUACCUUAGCGGAUAUGGGAUUGGGACCGCCGGAGCAGCCGACGACUUCUACAACCCGGGGUUCAGUCAGGAUAGGUUCGAAGAGGAGCUGGCCGAGAACGAGAUGCGACGGCGUAUGAUGAUGGAGAGUGCCCGUGACCUGGAAGUCGAUCUCGGGAAUGUGGGCAUGGAUGAUCAGCCCGAGUCACUGGAGGACCUUGAGGAGGAGCAACAGGAGUUUGACUGGUCGAGAUGUCUGCAUGACCAAAUGUUCGUCUUCCAAGAGAACGAGCUGGAGCGCAUCCUCGAUAUCGUCAUCACCAACAUGACCCCUCAGCGGUCACCGUCUCAGAAACCAGUGCCAGCAAACAUGAUCUUCCUGGGCGCGAGAUACGCGCACUAUCAUUCGAGUCAGGAGCUGCUCGCAAAGCUGCUCGUCACCGCCAUGGACAAGAUCAACUCCGUGGUAGAGAAACACCAAUGGGAUAUGACCAUCCUGGCGUUCUGGAUGUCAAACGCGACGCUACUACUACACUACCUGAAGAAGGAUGCUGGCCUUGUCGAGGCCACAACCGAGUUUCAGGCGCAGCUCGCCGAGCUGAUCAACGAAAUCUUCAUCCUUAUAGUCAGAGAUGCCGAGAGGCGCCUCGACAAAGUCCUGGACGUGGCCAUGCUGGAUCAUGAAACAAUACCGGGAUUCGAGGACAUCACAUUCCAGAACGAAUGGAAGAUCUUCAAGCGGAAAAAGGAGGUCAAGGAGGAACCUCUAGAGAAGCGGUUACGGCCGCCGUCUCCGAAGCAGAGAGCGAAGCCCUCGCCGCGCAACGUCACAUCACUACUCUCGUCAACGCUUUUCGUCCUAGACCUCUAUGACGUUCAUUCCGUCAUCACUGCUCAAAUCAUAUCACAAUUGAUAUACUGGCUCGGCGCGGAGCUCUUCAACCGCAUCAUGUCCAACCGAAAGUACCUAGCACGCACCAAAGCCAUGCAGAUCCGCAUGAAUAUCUCCACAUUAGAAGACUGGGCGCGCCAGAACAACCGCCAACCCGAACAUUACGAGAAGGGCGAGAUGAAAUCGAGCGGGGAGACGACCGUCGAAGCCGCCAGGCGCCACCUAGCACCCGUCAUCCAGCUGCUUCAAUGGCUACAGUGCUUCUCCUCUCUCGGCGCCGACGAUCUCGAAGCCCUCGUCGGUACUCUGCAGCAGCUCAGAGCCCUCAGCCCACAACAACUCAUCCACGCGGCAACGCACUACCGACCCGAAGUAGGCGAGAAGGGUCUCCCAAAGAGUGCGAUGAAGUACCUCGUCGCGAUCCAGAAGGAAGCCACUCUGCGGCGGGAAAGGAACCGCGCCGCGGCGGCAGCAGCAGCCGCUUCCUCCUCUCCGCCCGCUACCCCGGGCCGAUCGAUCAAGUCGAACGGUCACGGUCAAUCCACACCCGGAACGCCCAAACCCGAAUCUCCGUCAGCAGAGGACGACGCAGACGAAGCACCCGCGAACCUGCUUUUCGACCCGGCGCUGAUGCUGCCGUUCACCCUGCCGAGCGUCACGGACAUGUUGGUGAGUUACGGGGCCGGGUUUGGAGGAGUGAAUCGGGAGCGGGAGAGGAAGUACAUUCCGACUAUCCCGGCUGAGUUUUUAGAGAAGGUCGAGGCGGGUAUGGGGGGCUCCGGAGGCAAGAAGACGUCGUUGUAUGAGGGGAGGGAUUGGGAGAACGAGGAAGUGUAG